ACGGACAAACUUUCAACUCUGACGAACUCAACGGACUAACCGACUAGUUGAGAUCCAAAGUGAUCUACGGCGGUCUUUGAUUCUUCCAGAUCCAACCAUCUCCCUUCAGCACCUCGCCCAAUUCAGUUAUGGAUUUGAGCUUCCUGCCUGUAGACACCUGCUAUGGGAACAGAAGAGAUUAGGAAAGAUGCGAACAUCAGAAAUUGGCAAUCGGAGCUGGCCUAUGACCAGUGGUUAGCACUCCCUGUACCCGGUUCACGGCCAUCGGCUCGCUACAAGCAUGCAGCUGCAGUUGUUGAUGAGAAAUUAUAUGUUUCUGGUGGGAGUCGUAAUGGGCGAUACCUAUCUGAUGUUCAGGUGUUUGACUUUGAAAAUUUGGAAUGGUCUACUAUAAAACUGAAACCAAAUGCUGUUAAACUUGAAGAGAGUGACUCGCAAGAUGUUCUUUCACCAAUCUCCAGUCACAAUAUGAUUAAGUGGGAAAACAAACUUCUCCUCCUUGGUGGGCACUCAAAGAAAUUAUCUGGUGAAGUCAUAGUUUGGUUCAUUGAUUUGGAAACACACCGCUGUGGCAUCAUGGAGACAUUGGGAAAAGUUCCGGUAGCUCGUGGGGGACAAUCCACGACACUGGUUGGUUCAAGACUUAUAAUGUUUGGUGGAGAAGACGGGAGCAGAAGAUUGUUGAAUGAUGUCAGUGUUCUUGAUCUAGAGACGAUGACUUGGGAUGUGGCGGAAACAAUGCAGACACCUCCAGCUCCCAGAUUUGAUCAUACAGCUGCAGUACAUGCGGAACGUUACCUUUUAAUUUUUGGUGGUUGCUCUCAUGCUAGUUUCUUCAAUGAUCUUCACGUGCUGGAUUUGCAGUCUAUGGAGUGGUCCCAACCACAAACUUUAGGUGAUUUGGUGGCUUCUAGGGCAGGUCAUGCUGGAAUAACUAUAAAUGAAAAUUGGUAUAUAGUUGGUGGUGGAGAUAAUCGUAAUGGUUGCCCAGAAACCUUGGUCCUAGAUAUGUCUAAGCUUGUCUGGUCAGUGUUGACUAGUGUGAAGCAAAGAGAUCCUCUUGCUAGUGAGGGAGUCAGUGUCUGCUCGGUGUUAAUCGAAGGACAGAAGCAUCUGGUUGCCUUUGGUGGCUACAAUGGGAAAUAUAGCAACGAGGUUUUUGUUCUGAGGCCCAAACCGACAGACUUAUCACGACCCAAGAUUUUGCAGUCACCGGCAGCUGCAGCUGCUGCUGCUUCUGUGACUGCUGCAUAUGCCCUGAGCAAGAAAGGAAAAUUGGAGUCCGUAGAUGUAGAGUCAAAAUCCACUGGAGUUGUUUCCACAAAAGAUGUCGAAAUUGAGAUCGAGGCGAUUAAAGAAGAGAAAAAUGUGUUGGAAUUGUCACUCGCAGAAGUCGAGGCAGAAAAUUCCAAGUUGAAAGGGGCGACUGAAGAAGUCAAUGGUACUCAUGCUGAGUUGGGGAAGGAACUCCGUUCGGUCCAGGGACAACUGGUAGCUGAGAGAUCAAGAUGCUUUAAACUUGAGGCCCAGAUCACCGAGUUGCAUAAGAUGCUGGAAUCAAUGCAAGCAAUAGAGGAUGAAGUGCAAGUACUUCGAAGACAGAAGUCUGCAUUUGAACGGGAUAUCGAGCUCGCUUCAGCUGCUCAAAAGCAAGGUUCUGGUGGUGUUUGGCGAUGGAUUGCGGGAGGCAAUGCUUAAAGUUGCAUGAGGGCCUAAUUGAAAAUGAUGUUGAAAGUUACCUAUCUUUUGAGAAGCGCCAGGCAGAUUAUUGCAGCGGUCUAUUUGAAGAACAUAUGGUUUUGGUUAAAAAUGGCAAAUCUCAGUCUGAGGUACUUGUUGACCUUUGGCUAUGGUCAGAAAUUUUUUAAGGAGACGACAAUAAAAUGGAUAAAUGAGUAUGCACUA